AUGGACGCCGUCGGCCUUGGCUUAAGUGGCAUUCCAGGCCCGCCUCGCUGCUGCUGCGGAAACCAUGAUUGUGCUUUCCUGGCUUACAACGGUCGCCUGCUCGAAGGUUUAGAAAGAGACGUUUCCAAGGCUGCUCAACUCGGCCAAGCUCUCCUAGUCCGCCACGAGGCCUAUGUAGCCGACUCGGAGCGCGAGCGUAGAGAAAUGAUUGCCACGAUUGAGAAUCUCGAGCGGGACAAGAGGCAGCUCGAGACGCAGAAUGCCCAGUCUAUCAAGACCAACCGCGACCUCCUCGACCAGCUCGAACAGUUGAACAACACCGUUGCCGAGUCCGACGCCCACAUCCAAGCCCUCGAGGACACGCUGCGAUCGACCGAAGACGAAAUCGGGCGCCUCGGCUCCCUGGCUGCACGAACCCAGUUGCUCGAGAAGCAGCUCAUCGAUCUCGAAAAAGAACAGUCUCAGCUUCAGCGCAGCCUCGAUGCCAAACUCGUCGACGAACGGACUGCCAUCCAGCGAUGGAAGGCGGCCGAGCGCACCAUUGGAGACCUCCAGGACCAAAUUGACCGUAUCGAAAAGGAAUCCCGAGCCGAACGCCAGCGACACCACGAGGUCGUCGCCCGCAUGGAACGUCGCAUGGCCGUCGAAAGCGAACUCAACUCUGCCGCAACCCGGCUCAAGGCAAAGGCAGGCCACGACAAGGGCGGCAACGGUGUCGUCUCUCACUUCGUAAAGGAUAUUCUACUGGACAACGCAAAUCUACAACACGGUAUCAUGGAACUACGCGAAAUGCUCGGCAACUCAAAUGAAGAGGUAGAGCGUCUUCGAGACCAGCUCAGGGAUCACCAGCCAAUGUCACCCUCGCAAUCCGGAGAAAUCACCAGUCCAACGCUACAAAAGGAACUCGAAAUGGAACAGGAAUCGCUCAGCCAAGAACUGCACAUCCACCACCACUUCCACGGCCCGAAGACGCCCAGAAAUCUAUCAAAGGGACCGGCCCGGGGAAGGUCCAAGAAGAAGCGAUUUACUCUGACUCCCACUCACUUCGACCCACCGCCAACGCUCGAGCGCUCCUCCACCGCUGCCAUCCUGAACCAGACUGCCGUCACAGUGCCAAACUCGCAUCGAUGGUCUCAAGCCUCCACUCUGGGCCCGGGCUCAUUUGCGGGCUCGCCUGUCUCCGACUCGCGUCGCGGAUCCAUGUACGAUCGUGUCUUUAGCGAGGCAUACGACUCUUCACGCCCAACCAGCCCUCCAGACUCCAUUUGCUCCCCCAUGUUCGGCCCUUCUAAAUCAAAUGACUACAGCUCAGAUCAUGACGUUGUGCCAUCUCUCGGUCGAAGACGCUCAGGCACGCUCGAUCAAGGCAAGAACGUCGUCAGGCAUUCGCGCCGCAAGUCUCGUGGUCUCAUGCCUCCGAGCCUAUCCAACAUGCGCAGUUCCAGCACACCCAUCUCCUUUACUACCAAGAGCAGCCCCGCUAGCGCCGUCAUCUCGGCUGUCAGUCCCGCAAAUUCCUUUACAAAUGAUAGUUUCUCCCUCUCGCCCGCUAUGCAGACGGAGCCUCAAGCCGCAAUCCCCGAGGAGUGCGAAGAGGCUUCUCUGUCAACGGCCGAACCAUCUAUCGCCAACUCUGCCGAGUUUGAGCCUGACGAGCUCGUGUCGCCCAUUUCCGCCAUGCGUCCUUCGCUACACCGCCACGCCUCGCACUCAUCUCUCAUUUCGAUUUCCGGCAUGGAUAUCCAUACGCUACAGUCACGACCCUCGCAGCUCAUGUACUCAUCUCCACGCUUUGCAGAUGUCGGCCUUGCUGGAUCUGUCGGACCAGAAGUUGCGUGGGGCGCCACUGCGUACGGCACAUUGUCGAGCAAGGCAACUGAUGGCAGCAUGCUCAGCCGCACCAUGCUCAGCAUUGCGAACCAGAAGCGAGGCCCCCGCAAGAGCGAUGGCCACCAACCCAACACCAGCCCUGGCAUCACGCAGAAAGUAGGCGGCUGGGUCUUUGGCAAGUGGGGCGCUACUCCCGCUCCUCCCUCCGAGUCUGCUACUCGUCCCCCAUCCGUCUUGAGCCAGCAAACGCAAUCGAGCGCCGACACGGGUUCCUCCAAGGAAGGCUCCGAGAGCUCCAAGAAGACCAAAGAUAAGGCCAAGGCGAGAGCCAGCGGCGUCAACCAAAGCGGUCCCAUCUGGGGUGUCUUCGGCGACGCACCCGAAACUCCCACAAAAGUCGUAGUACAAGACUACGACGCCGACGCCCUCGGCGAUGCACUUGCUGAUGCAGAGAAAUAA